AUGAAUGAUGCUAUAAAAUCACUGAAAGACCUUGCAGAAAAGAAGAAUCUUUUCCCAGCAGAACGCAUCAUAUGUACAAAUGUUAUAAAUUUAGAAAAAUCAAUGAAAGAUUCUCUAACUGAAGAAAAUUCAAAAGAUUCAAUUAAUGCUCUUCAGUCAGUGCUUGAAAUCAACUCCGGAAACCUAAGUUUACAACUGUCAUGCAGAAUAGAACAUGGUAUGGCACUAAUUACAUCAAAAUUUCCUCAAAUAAAUUUGGAUGAAAUUAUUAAAAGCUUUAUAGCGAAACCAACACCGGCAAAAGUUUAUGUAAUAGGUAUGCUAUUUUACGAAAAUGCUGCUAAAUGCAUAGAUAUAAUUCCUGAUCUAAUGAAAAUAAAAAUGGAGGAAAAACAUCCAAUUUUUUAUGCAAUUGAAACAAUUUUCGCGAAAAACUUACCAGGAUUAGAGCCAUUUAUUAAAAAUGUUUUAGAAUAUUUAAAACAAAAUUCAAAUACAACAAAUGAAGCAGCACAGUUCUAUAUGGUUCAAUUGAUGAUGAAAAUAAUACGAAUUAAGCAAGAUACAGAGAACGAGCUCGUUGAAAUUGCGAAAAUAAUUAUGAAUAACGCAACAUCACGUUUUGUAAUUGAUUAUAUAUGCCGAUUACUCGCCUUUAUUGGAUGCUCGUCAUUAAGAGGCGGUACUAAGCCAGAAAGCAUGAAACACGCUUUAUAUUUCAUUUGUAUCUUUCCAAAUUACAUCCAUAAGACGUUCGGACACUUCUUCCAUUGUUUGAACAUCGAAUACAUACAAUAUCAUAUUGAAACUUUGACUAAUUUUGUUAUUGACUACUGUCCCUCCCAAUUUCCUUUACUUACAUGCGUUUUAAUGCCAGAGCAUCGUAAGAGUUUGUACACUUUCUUCGAAAACAACGAAAAUUUCAGAACAAACUUAGAAAUUUUCGAUACUCUCGCUUGGGAUGAGCAAACAUCAUUUAAUGUUGCUGGAUUCGCUUUCGAUAUGGUCUCCUCGAAGGAUGAAGCACAAAGAAUUAAAGGUUCGAACUAUUUUACAACAUUAUAUUCCCGAAAUCACGAUUUAGCCUACAGAUUCCUUCAGCACUCCCUAUUAUUCUUAGAGAUGCCACCAGAGGGAUUGCCUCAUCUCAAUAAGAAUAUAAUUGGCAAAGCUUUGGUCGCUGCAAAUAUCAUAUCAAGUACAGACAUCAAAGAUAACAUCAUUAGAGGUAGCGAGGAGCGAAUCACAGCAUUUCUAAAUCGCGCUCUUGAUGAAACAGAGAUCUUUGACGCUGAAUUUUCUGCAGCAUUUAUAUUAUUAAGCAGUUUACCAGAGAGAAUCAUACCAUUUGACUUGGUUUUUGAUGCCUUGAAGAGAUUCCGCCAGCUAUUUAAGGAUACUCCUUUCACAACUCCAAAGAUGAAAAAGAAAUCCAAAUUCGUAGGGGAAACAGUAGCUGUUUUCCUUGCAGCUCAUCCUUAUAUCACUAAAACAGACAAGACCUUUGAACUGAUGCUCAAUAAUCCUGAUUCUUUCUCAUCAAAAGUUAUUUCUUUGGCCGCCUUCUUGGCUUUCCCUAAGAUGCAGAGUGCUCCGUCAACACUAAAUAGAAUCGCAAACAAAUUGUUACCAGAAAUUCAAUCCAUACGACCAAAUGGAGAUUUCAUUCAAUAUCUUGUCCAAAAACCAAUGAUUACUAAGAUCGGAUUGAUAUUUGGAUCGCAAAUGAAAUUGCCCAAAUGGAGUUCUGCGUUUAUUUACUUGAACGAUGAAGAUUUCGAUAUCAGAAUCUCUCAAAAUUUUUCUGAAUUUGUCAACGCAAUUCCAAAAGAAAAUGUCACUUUUUAUAUAUCGUUCUUAACAAAAUCCGAAGGCCAAUUAGCGACAAACAUUGUAUUAAUCAACAAUUUAUUGAAAGACAAUGUUACAGCGAAGUUUUUACCAGAAAAUACUUUGGAUUAUUUGUUAGAUUCGAUAUCCAAAUUUGGAACAUCAAGGAAAGUCCAAAUCAUGUCGGAAAACGUUGCAAUGCUAUUGAAUCAUUACAACUAUCUCGACUAUUGCCUCGAACAAAGCCAGAAACUCUCUCAAAAACACAAAUGCUAUCUUUUUUCCGCAAUUUUUUCAUUGACGAAAACGAAUUUAACAAAUGAAAAACUGUAUCAAAUGAUGAUGGAAAUGAUAGCAUCUUCCAAGGUCAAAUCAAAUUCCCCUGUCGCUUUGAACGCAUUGAGUUAUUUGUUCACGGAACAUUUCACUGAAUUCACCGACCAAAAAUUUUCAUUCGACCAAUUAAUUUUUUUGAUCGAUUUAAUGAACACUAAUCUCAGUUUAGACCCAUAUAUAUUAUACCACAUGCAUGUAUUCUUUACCUCCUUGUUACAUACAUGUAUUGCGUCCUUGAAAACUAAUGACGAAUACUUGUUUUCUGUUCGUCAAAUUUUGUCAUUAUUUUCUUUGACGCAAAUUCCUUUUGCUCAUCAAAUUUACUACAGAACAAUUCGCUCUGUGUUGUCAAUAUGUCCUUCGCUUAUUGACGAAUAUAAAGAUGAGUACCCACACAUCGGAUUAAUGUCUGUUGCACAGUCUUUGAACGCAUGUGGUUUGUACAGUGAUUUGAUCUCUUUGAACAAAACUCCGAAAAAAUUUGAAUUAUAUUUGAAUAGAUUGCCUCAAAUAUUAUUGUUAUUGCAGUAUUCUAAUGACAGCAGAGCUUCUGAUUAUGUACUAAGUGUUGCGCACUUGUUUACAAGGUUGGAUUUCGAUGUUUCGAAGUUUAAUGAUUUCUUGAAUUUAAUUAAGAAAGUUUUGGUCGAAGGAAUCAUUCCAAACAUCGGACAUUCACUUGUAGGUGCUAAAAAUGAAGUUAAGAAGUGCAUUUUGGAAGUUUUGAAGAUUUUGACCAAAAAUUUGAAAUUUGAUCAAAAAGAAGAAACAUGGCAACGAGAUAUAACAAGCUGUGCCAUCAAUCCGAUCAUGAAUAGAGAACAGGAACAUUAUCCAGCUUGUUUUAGCGUUCUUUUGAACGUAAUUGAAAAAUUCGGAAUUGAAUCUAUCGAAAAGGAGCUUGCACAAGCUGCAGCAAGAGGUUUUAACUGUCUGGAUGACUCAAGCACUUUCCUGAAUAAGCUUUUACCUCUUUUCUUCGCUGAUUCUGAAAAACAUUUUGAAUAUCUCAAAAUUUAUUUCAACGGAAUCGAAAACAUGAUAUUGAUGACACCUCCUUUUAUGCAGACAUUUACUUUAAUUGUGCAAAAUCUUCAAAAUGAAAAGGUUUUGGCCGCAAUUAAAUCAAAUAUUCCGAAAUUUGUUACUUUUGUCAAAGAUUUCGUUGCAACAGCCAUGGAAAUCAUGGACAAGAAUAUCGAUAACAAUGCCCAAGUAGGAAUAUUCUUUACGGGAUGGUCCAAUUUCUUGGAAUCUUGUGUUUUGUUCCAAAAAUACACAAAUGUCGAAAUUAUCGACAAUUUAUCCGUAAUUUCAUUUUGCUGUGAUGAAAUUACGAGAUGUAAGAACCAAUGGAGAGUUGUUGGAGCUGUUAAUGGCUUAAAAUCCGUAUUUAAUAACUUCGAAAUCUCCGACCAAGAAUCGAUUUCCAAUUUACAAGAUACUCUAAAAUCAUCUGAAUCCAAAUUAUCAGAAGAUGAUCGUAAUAAUUUGAAGAAAUUUAUAUAA